UUCCGGUUUUUCCAUUUUUUUUUUGUUUUCAUGCGCGAAUGAAAAAGCCAGCAACAGUUUCACUUUUAUUAUCAUCGUUAUCAUAGUUUUUCGACAGUUAUUAACGUGAUUUCAUAUUAGAGUAAGCAGGUAACAAAAUUUGUUUCUUAUGUGUUUCAUCUACACACGCGGUGCAAACAAAACAUGCGUAGCGCAUACAGCAAUAGCGAAACAAAAUAAUUCCUACAUUUUAUACGAAUUAUGUACUGUGAUCGGCACCUCCAGCGAGUUGCAUUUGCAUAAUACAGUGGUUUGUGAAACAUAGUGGAGGUGACCCACUAGAUACAAAGUGGACAGUAUUGUUCCAUGCUUCUGCGGUUACUAAAAACCGGAUCGGUCCCGUGUUGCAUAAGCCUUAAAGCAGCACCGCAACGAGGAGGUUUCUCAAAUAAACUCAGCCAACGCUCCUUCAGCAUAAUGAGUCUUGAACAAGCCAAAAAAAUAGCCGCCUUCAAAGCAGUGGAUGAGUACGUGAAAGAUAACACCGUGGUUGGGAUUGGCAGCGGUUCGACUGUGGUUUACGCGGUUCAACGUCUUGUCGAGCGGGUCAAAAGUGAAAAGUUAAAUUUGAUCUGUAUCCCGACAAGCUUUCAAGCGCGUCAGCUUAUAAUUGAGAAUGCUCUUACCUUAGGAGACUUAGAGCAAAACCCCAGAAUUGACUGUGCUAUUGAUGGCGCCGAUGAGGUAGACGCGGAUAUGAUACUGAUUAAAGGAGGUGGCGGUUGCCUUUUGCAGGAAAAAAUUGUUGCUUCUUGUGCACAACAGCUUAUUAUUAUUGCUGACUACACGAAAAAUUCGAAAAAACUUGGUGAACAGUACAAAAAAGGCAUACCCAUAGAAGUUAUUCCGAUGGCCUAUGUACCAAUUCGGGACAAAAUAUCCUCAAGUUACGGUGGAAAGCUUUUACUUCGCAUGGCAGUAGCUAAAGCUGGUCCCGUUGUGACUGAUAAUGGAAAUUUUAUUCUCGAUUGGCACUUUCCCAGUACGGUGUCCUACGACUGGGACAAGGUUAAUCAGGAUAUCUCAAUAAUUCCCGGAGUCGUGGAGACUGGGCUGUUUGUCAAAAUGGCCACACGGGCGUAUUUUGGGUCAGCGGAUGGAUCUGUUACAGAAAGGAGUGUCUGAUUUAGUAUGUCGUUCCAAAUUAUCUCUUCCUCAAUGUUUAUUUCCAAUCGAAAUUUGAUGAAUAAAUACGUAACAAAAGAUAA